AUGCCAACGUCAACACCCCCAUGCCGACCCUCGCAUCCCACCGUAUCUAUGAGCAAAAAGGCACCAGCAGGUGAUGAGUGCACCAAGGCGGACGAAUGGGCGCACAGGCGAGCACCAGCCGGCUCGUAUCGUUCACGCAUUAGCUGGCGGUCAGUGCUGGCAUUCGAUAUGAGCGACAAGCAGAUCACACACGACUAUAUCCUGAUGUCCCUCCUGCUCUCGUACAUCAUGGCUCCCACCCCCGCAAAACGUACUCAUGAUUUAAUCAAUGAAGCCCUUCAACACAUAGGUCCGAGAAGUACAAAGAAAACACGGCUUCAGCGAAUAACCAACAACGACGCACUCAAAGCGAUACGAAUGAUGGAAGAUUUGGGGAAGGUUAUACCAUGGCUGAUCGAUCCUUAUAGGCAUCCCCGCCAGCUCAUAGUUAUUGGCUCUGACCUAGCACAUGCAGAGAAUAGGCUGGAGAUUACCACAGGUAGAGCCACACUACCCAUCGAUGUUGUCAAGGAAAAUGAGCAGCUGAAAUCAGCCUGGAAUUGGGCGGGUGAGAUCGACUAUGGUAAGGUAGACCUCUAUAUCGAGAGGAUGACAGUCGAGCCUCUGAGAAUAGACAUCGGCGUCUGA